CCUCACCUUUCUCGUUCUGCCUUCUCUCUCGCUCGCCAUUCCCUCUGCCUCUCCGUUGACGGCGACGCGAAGGGCGGUGGAACUCGUCGGCGACCUCUCUCUCUCAUCUCUAUUCUCCUCCUGUCUCUGUCUCUCUCUCUUUUUCCAGAAAACUCUCUCUCUCUCUCUUUUCCAGAAAAUGUGCUAUCUCUCUCCUUACUAAUCUCUCUACCUCCUCUGAGACGAAAGAGAAAACACGAGGAGCCUCUCCCUUUCCAUUCACCGCCGAACUCCUGUUCUCUCGAUCCACCAUCGGUGACUCAAAUCCGAUUGAGAAUCCGUGGUCAACUGUGAAGGGGAAGUCGAUCUAGGUAUUUCGACAUACAUGUUUUUUCUAGAGGAGGAAAUCUAUGGCCACCAAGAUCUCCGGUGGUAAAGUUCCGCCGACGAUGGUUUUGAAAGCGGGUAGAGCUAGGUGAGGUCUCUUAACUUAGAUCUGUUUAACUAGGAAGGUUAAAACUAGAAAAAAGAACUACAACUAUGAAUCCUUAUAUGGAUUAGCGAGGUAGGAGAUGAUUUACAGAUCUGAUUUUUAGGGGGAUAUUGUUGUUUUUGUGUUACUAGUUUACAAAGG